AAAAAAAAAAAAAGAAAGAAAGAAAGAAAAGAAAAGAGAGACAGAGAGAGAAAGGGAAGAGGGAAAAGAUGAAAUAUAAUGGGAUUUGUGGAUAUAGCAAAUAAUUUGGCAUUGGCCAAUCUUGCACAGUAGGUUAAAAGUGAAAAAAAAAGGAAGAAGUCCAAUGAGCCAAGGCAUAGCCGAAGGUGUGAGAGAAGGCAUAGCCGAAAGUAUGAGAGAAGGCAUAGACGAAAGUAUGAGAGAAGGCAUAGCCGAAGGUAUGAGAGCAGGCAUAGCCGAAGGUAUGAGAGAAGGCAUAGCCGAAGGUGUGAGAGAAGGCAUAGCCGAAAGUGUGAGAGAAGGCAUAGCCGAAGGCAUAGCCGAAGGUAUGAGAGAAGGCAUAGCCGAAGGCAUAGCCGAAGGUAUGAGAGAAGGCAUAGCCGAAGGCAUAGCCGAAGGUAUGAGAGAAGGCAUAGCCGAAGGUGUGAGAGAAGGCAUAGCCGAAGGUGUGAGAGAAGGCAUAGCCGAAGGUAUGAGAGAAGGCAUCGCCGAAGGCAUAGCCGAAGGUAUGAGAGAAGGCAUAGCCGAAGGCAUAGCCGAAGGUAUGAGAGAAGGCAUAGCCGAAGGUGUGAGAGAAGGCAUAGCCGAAGGUGUGAGAGAAGGCAUAGCCGAAGGCAUAGACGAAAGUAUGAGAGAAGGCAUAGCCGAAGGUAUGAGAGAAGGCAUGGCCGAAGGCAUAGACGAAAGUAUGAGAGAAGGCAUAGCCGAAGGC